UCUCUCUCUCUCGAGUACUCACAAUCUCUCCGUUCUCUGCGUAAUCGCUUCCUGUUCGCUCUGCAAAUUCCAAUCUCUUGCCGGAGAUUCGUCCUUCCGUCGCCCCGCAACCGAAUCGAAGCAUUGGAUUCUCGAGAAUUGUGUUCGGUCUGGUUCGCGGAAGAGAAGAAUCGGAUUGUGGAGGUUAAAUUCGUCGGUCUGGUGUUGUGUUGUGAGAUUUAGAGAAUUAGGGUUUCGCAGGGGCUUUGUGUGAGUUGAUGUUGAUGUUUUGAAUGAAUUUACGGUGAAUAGGAUAGUUUCCGUAUUAGUUGGGGGGGAUAAUUCGGCGAGUUACGAAGGUGCGCACUGGAUAGGGUUUCUUUUUGAUUCGGAGCUUGGUGUUGAAUUAGGGUUUUGUUUGUGGUUCGCGACGCGAUUUCCGUUAUGUGAACCUGUUGGCAUUCUGAGAGAAGAAGAUGAUAUUUAAGCGGAUGACGAAAUCCGAGACGCCGAACCUCAAGCGAUGCAAGGUGGAUGACAUUGAUUGUCAAGAAGAGGAGGAGGCUUGUUCCGUGAAUCAGAAGAAGCAGAAAAUGAAUGAGCACUGUGCAGUUCCUGUAAGGAGCGCUGCUCGGAUGCGUGGGGACCAAGGGUACAGUAGCGUUGUUGAUCCUUGCUGCAACGGAGUGUCGGAAGCUUGUUGUGCUCCGGAGUUGAGAUCUUCGCGAGAACAUGUUAAGGUACACCCGUCUCGGUUAAUUGGCUCGGUUAUCGAUUCAUGGAAGAAGGAUAGUUUCACGCUUGAUGAUGAGUACGGACUAUCUUUUGACAACGGGAAAGGCAUAAUGUUCAGUAAAAAGAGAAUUAAACGGGAAGGUCCUUACCGUGUUGGGCAAUUAUCCGUCAAACAGCGCUCUAGGGACGAGUUUGGCCUCCAAAAGAAAAUUUUAAACCCCUUUAAUGUGAAAGCGGAGGAAGGAGAAUUUGGCUGCAACAGGUUCAAGGCAAUUAAUACGAAGAUGCAUUCAAGUUCGCUUAGCUCCGUGACAUCUGUUCAUGAUGGGAGCGGUUCAAUGUUGUUGGAAACCGAUGAGUAUCCACGAAAGUUGCCAAGUAAGUUUAGAGGCGACCCUAAGUUGGUAAAGGAGAAAGCUUCAAAGAGAGACUUUUUUAAACCAGAGGACUUCGAUAGUGGUGAUAUAGUUUGGGCAAAAUCAGGGAAGAAAUACCCAGCUUGGCCAGCAAUUGUGAUUGAACCCUCAUGGCAAGCUCCCCCGAAUGUCCUGAGAGCUUCAAUUCCUGGAACUAUCUGUGUGAUGUAUUAUGGAUAUUCAAGAAAUGGAACCAGGGACUAUGCAUGGGUGAAAGAAGGAAUGAUUUUCCCAUUUUCCGAGUACAUGGACAGAUUUCAGGGACAGAAACAGUUGUAUGGCAGCAAGCCAAGUGAUUUCCAAUUGGCAAUAGAGGAGGCAGUUUUGGCAGAAUAUGGGCACACUGAGACAGAAUCAGGAACAGGGCAGGAAACUUAUCCUUCAACAGUGCAAAGUGAGUUUCAAGAGGGCACUGGUUCUAAUCAGGAUCACGAGUCCUAUCCUCAUAGCCAGGAUGCACAUGAUAAGAAGAAGACCACACAUUCUUGUGACAGCUGUGGGUUGAUUCUGCCAUGCCAAGUGACAAGGAAAACGAAGGGCUUAACUCCUGAUGCUAAGUACUUGUGUAAACAUUGUGCUAAGUUAUGGAAAUCAAAACAAUAUUGCGGUGUUUGCAAGAAGAUUUGGCACCAUUCAGAUGGUGGGAACUGGGUAUGUUGUGAUGGUUGUAAUGUUUGGGUGCAUUCUGAGUGUGCUAAAAUAUCUAGCAAACUUUUCAAGGAUCUGGAGGAUUUUGAUUAUUACUGCCCUGAGUGCGAAGGACAGUCUAGAUGUGAACCAUCAGUCAGAGAUAAUGGGAGGUCAAAAGUCAGUUCAAGCAGGUCUGCAGAAGACAGAAGGCAAACCAUGCUGCCUGAACAAAUAACUGUGGUGUGCACUGGCAUGGAAGGGAUCUAUUUUCCAAGCCUUCAUUUAGUUCAGUGUAAGUGUGGUUCAUGUGGAACAAAUAAACAAACGCUCAGUGAAUGGGAACGACAUACCGGUUCCAGAGCCAAAAAAUGGAAGGUUAGCAUUAAAGUGAAGGAGUCGAUGCUACCCCUAGAGAAAUGGAUUUUAGAAUAUAAUGCGCUUGGAUUUCAUUCACUGACGUUAAAUAAACAGCAGUUACUUUCUUUUCUUCAAGAAAAAUAUGAACCUGUUUGUGCAAAGUGGACAACAGAACGAUGUGCUAUCUGCAGAUGGGUUGAGGAUUGGGAUUAUAACAAAAUAAUUAUUUGCAACAGAUGUCAAAUAGCAGUCCAUCAGGAGUGCUAUGGAGCAAAAAAUGUAAAAGAUUUCACAUCAUGGGUUUGCAGAGCAUGUGAAACUCCUGAUGUUGAGAGAGAGUGUUGCCUUUGCCCUGUAAAAGGUGGUGCUUUGAAGCCAACAGAUGUUGACACCCUGUGGGUUCACGUCACAUGUGCCUGGUUCCGGCCUGAAGUUUCUUUUUCAGAUGUUGAAAAUAUGGAGCCUGCAGUUGGAAUUCUUAGAAUUCCGUCAAGUUCUUUUGUUAAGGCAUGCAUAAUUUGCAACCAGAUUCAUGGUUCCUGCACCCAGUGUUGCAAGUGUGCCACUUACUUCCACGCAAUGUGUGCAUCAAGAGCAGGUUAUCAGAUGGAACUGCAUUGUUUGGAGAAGAAUGAGAGUCAAAUUACCAAAUGGGUAUCAUAUUGUGCUGUUCACAGGGCCCCAAACCCAGAUAAUGUGUUGGUUAUGUGGACUCCAGUAGGGCUAUUCUCCACCAGAAAUUUGCUCCAAAACCAGAGGCAAGAAUAUUACACCAGUGGUUCAAGACUAAUUUCGUCUAAGAGAGCUGAACUUCCUGAUUCCUCAACUUUUGAGACCAAUGACUUUGAGCCAUUCUCUGCUGCCAGGUGUCGUAUCUUUAGAAGAUCAAAUGAUAAGAAGAUUAAUGCUGUGCCAAUAUUCCACCGAUUGAUGGGGCCGAGACAUCAUUCUUUUGAUAAAAUAGAUGGCUUAAACUCACAUAGUGAAGUUGACGAUCCAAAGGCUUUUGCUUCAUUCAAGGAACGGCUCAGCCACCUACAGAAAACAGAGAGUUACCGUAUUUGUUUCGGUAGAUCUGGGAUACAUGGAUGGGGCCUAUUUGCACGCCGAAGUAUUCAAGAAGGAGACAUGGUUCUUGAGUAUCGGGGUGAGCAGGUGAGGCAGAGUGUUGCAGAUUUAAGAGAGGCACGGUACAGGGCGGAGGGAAAAGACUGCUAUCUUUUCAAGAUUAGUGAGGAAGUGGUAAUUGAUGCCACAAAUAAAGGGAAUAUAGCACGAUUGAUCAACCAUUCUUGCAUGCCCAACUGCUAUGCAAGGAUCAUGAGCUUCGGCGAGGAAGAGUCUCGGAUAGUUCUUAUUGCCAAGACUGACGUAGCUGCUGGCACCGAGUUAACGUUUGAUUACUUGUUUGAUGCUGACGAGCAUGAAGAAUCCAAAGUCCCCUGUCUAUGUAGAGCUCCUGACUGUCGGAAAUUCAUGAACUAGGUUUACACAAACAACACAGGAAGAGAAGAAAUUGCAAAGCUUUUUCUUAGCGAAUGAGAGAUAUCCCAGUUAAUGGUUUUUUUUUGUUUUUCUUUUGGCUGAUUGAUAUAUACUUACCCAGUUACCCCAAUUCUUUUAUUUUUUUUUUCCCUUGCUUUUUCAGCUGUGAAUAACAUGUAAAUUCACCCUUUAUAUAUUGGUUAUUACUUUUUUUUUUUGGUAUGCUAGGGCUGGGGAUUUAGAGUGUA